AUGACCGCGCACAUCUUACCGCAUAACUACGAAAUGGUCCGCCAAGUCAAUGCGGGGCCAUAUGCGUAUGUUUAUCUCGUACGCAACAAGGCUGACGGAGAAGAGGUGGUCGCAAAGUGUAUAUCGCUCGCUGACAUUUCCACUGAGAUGAGGCAAUCCCUCAGACUGGCUCGCCGUAUUGGACUGGAGCUGAAACACCACAAUAUUAUCCAUGCAAUGAAGUCCCCCAUGGACGACGGAGAGCACAUCAUGAUUCAAAUUACGCGCUACUAUAGCGACCGUGACCUUCUGACCUAUAUCCAGAGGUGUAAGGAAGCCAGCCAGUUUAUUCCUGAAGAAUCUGUCUGGCGAUGCGCAAUCUGUCUUAUCUUGGCAGUGGCAUAUCUGCACUCAUCUCAUGCCAAGGACAACUCUACUCUUAAGCCGAUUGCUCACAAAAACAUUCAACCAAGUAAUGUUCUAAUUGAUAAAGAUGGCAACUAUGUCCUCACCGGGUUCAGUCAUUGCGUAGAGAUGCAGGAGACUGGCUUGAAUCCUCCAGAGACCCCUGAUAGCACACCCAAGAACAGAAAUGUUACCUAUAUGGCGCCUGAAACGAUUGAGAACAAGCCGUGGGAUGGACGUGUCGACGUCUGGGGCAUAGGCUGCACUCUGUAUGAGAUGUGCACAGGUAUGAAGUAUGUCGAGGCUGUAACGCCGAAGUUUGCUUUGAAAGAGAUAACAACCACUGAAAUGCCACUGCAGCUAUUGGGAUACAGUCCGGAUGUUGUGGAUCUGGUGAGUCGCAUGCUUUCAGCGGAUCUCCAUAAGAGGCCCCAGAUCUCUGACCUCCUCUCUGACGAGCGUGUCCAGAGUCGUAUGUAA